ACGAUGCAAUAGGAAGAGUCUCCUUUCGAAACCACCUCAGCAAAAUCGCCGCCGGCAGGCCACCAUCGCCGUCGAACGAAUUAUCUAUUCCGAUGGAGGGAGUGGGGGCCAGAUUUGGGCGAUCUUCGAAUCGGUACGGACCGGCCCCUGUUUUCACCGGUCCGGUUCGCAAGUGGAAGAAGAAAUGGGUUCACCCGUCGCCGCCGACUUCCAACAACCACAACAACCAGACGACGGCCAAUGGGGCAGUCAAUGGGACCACUAACGCAUCAUCACACCUGGUGUUCUACAAAUGGACUCCGAUCACCCCCAGCCGAAAUAAGGAUAACAAUAGUAACGGCAACACUAGUAGCAAUGGUGUUAACGGCAAUGCCGAAUCCAAGGUUUCAAACAAAGACGACGACGCCGCGGCAGAAGAGCCGCCCAAAAGAAAAUUCAAAUACAUUCCGAUUAUUCUGCUUGAAGAACAAAAGAAUGAGUCUACAGAAAAAAGUGAGGAUGAAACUAAGCCAAUUGAGUCUGAUCCGAACACAGCAGAGGCUACCUCCAAGAAUGAUGGAUCUGAUGAAAAGCCUGACAUCAACGAUGUGCCAAUGGACGAAAGUGAGGCUCUUGAGAAGAACACUGUUGAACAGCGUGACCUGAAUGAGAGCCCGUUGGAUCUGAGUUUAGGCUUGAAGGCUCAUGAUGGGGAGAGUGAAUCUGAUCAGAAGAGCUGAGCAAGUUUAAGAUGAUCAGUUUGAACGAAUGAGCUCGAGGAUUCAUUUAUAGCCUACCCAUGUCUGUUCUUCGACUUGUUGAGGUUGUUGAGAUUCUGGUGCUCAACCGCAAGAGUUAGAUUCGAGCAAAUAUACAGUGUAACUUUUAGGGCGUCCAUUGUUGAAGAGAAUUGAAAUGUGCCUUUGAGAAACAAAUACUGGAAAGAUGAACACUUUAUUUCA